AUGAAUAUAGGCUGGACAAGGAUAAAGACUCAAGUGGAUAAUUUUCAGCGAAGAGCAAUGGUAGUCAAGAAGCGAAAACUGUUUGUCCAUAAUCAGUGUCUGUCGGAUUUGGCUAGCCUGGCUGAUUAUAUACAAGAAAUAGUUGACCAGCCAGAAUAUUUGCAUUUAACUAAAUAUGAACUCAUCAAGAAUUGUGAACAUAUGGUGGAAUGCCUCAGUCGUUUAUCUGGUCCAGAAGAGGAAACAUGGAAGUAUUUACGUAAUGUUGAAGACUGUCUCCUGUAUUCCAUAAAUAAUGUAGACUUGGAUGUUCGCAAUGAAAUCACCACGGCUGUAAUUGAUAAAUUCUAUUCAUACAUUUCUGAUCCAUCUACGGAUGCUGGUCCAGUGCUGUGGAUAGCUCUAAUUGUAAUAGCUGAGGACAAUCCUGAGAUGGCGUUGUCUGAGGCGAGAAGAGUUGUGCAGAAGAGCCUCAACGAGCCGGGUGGUAUAGGUUUACAGUCAGCCUUGUCCUGUCUUUAUGGUUGGUUGUCUGCUUGGCAGUCCUCCUUGUUAUCCAACUGGAUCUUGUGUUUCAUUCAAGUAUUAGAGGAAAAUGAGCUGUUUAACAUAUUAAUCAAAGUAUCAGUAAGAAACAUAGCGAACCUCUUCAAGGAGAUAAAAGUACCAAAUUCACUGCAGCAAGCGCGUGCGUUUGACGUUAUAUUGCACAUAUUAGCCUGUUUACGGGAGUCUGCUGAUAUGUUUGAUCAGAUAUCACCCUAUGUGGGUGAUAUUAUGGAAAGCCUCGCAGCUGAUAGCAAUAACUGGUGCAGACAGCUCCUGCAGAAUCUAGUAGAUAUACUCUACUCUAUGAUAAACUACCAGAUGGCUUCGAUCGCGCAAGGAGUUAAACCGCAGACCUCUCGCUCGAAGUACACAGAGUUCCUCACGUCCUUGGAGCGUCACAUGGCGUCUGGGGAGUGCAGUCUUCUACAACUCCAGCCUUGGAAGGCUCGAAAACAUGAACAGCCCAGCUCCCCCACAAGAACACCUGUAGGGAAAGUCGGCUUGCUGAACCUCGGCAAUACUUGCUACUUGAACAGCGUCAUGCAGGCACUACUUGUGGCGAGACAGUUCAGCACGCACGUCGUUCUGCACAUGAACCACCGAGCAUAUUGGGCGCCAAUGGGACUUCUGUUUGCCAAGAUGAUGCACUCCAUCACAAGAAAAUUGAAUCCCAAGGACUUCUUCUUGGUUGCGAAGCCGACGUUCUUCAACGCGGACACACAGCACGAUAGCUCCGAGUUCUUGGGAUAUUUGUUUGAGCUUCUUCAGUCUUAUGAAAAUGUGUCAGAGGCAAAUUUUGACUAUAGCCGGCCUGUAAUCCUAAAUGAGGAGCGGCUACGAAUCUCUCACCCUCAUGCCUCACCUAUGUCGAUGUCAAGCGAAGAGUCCAGGAGUCCGGAGAGCGUCCGUUCCCGUCGGUCUUCUUCUCCCAGCCCUAGUAGCAGUACAGAAAGUGCAAGUGGCCCGGGAAUGAAGCGGCGGCAUAGCGAAAUGAACAACCAGAUAGUAACAAAACGGAGACGCGGCACAGACGCGUACAAACGUCAAACGACUUCGUUCAUCGAUUCUAUGUUCGGCGGGGUCCUACAGACUCAGAUACGCUGCGCCGAGUGCGACUCGUCCUCGCUAUCGCAAGACGUCUAUCGGGACCUGCAACUCGCGUUCCCCGAAAAGCCGAAAGGGUACAAGCAUAGCGUACAAGGCCUCCUCGAGUACUAUUGUUCAAUGGAAAAACUCACCGGCAACAACAAGUACAAAUGUAGCGAAUGCGACGAGCUCCGCGAUGCUGAGAAGAGUGUGAUUAUAGAGACGACCCCCAAAUAUCUGAUACUUGUAUUAAAGAACUUCGAAUUCGACAUCAAAAUGCAGGUACAAGCGAAACUAAUGCAUUCGGUCGUGUACAACCGAACGAUAACGUUACCCGCCGUGCGACAGGAUCGAAAUUCGUACGUGCUAUUCGCAGCGGUGAUUCACGAAGGUCAGACCCUGGACUCGGGCCACUAUUACACGGUCGCCAAGGACAACGACCAGUGGUACAAAUACGACGACGACGUUGUCACCUUGAGCGAUGACAUGGAACUCGGGAGAUUACCACGGGACAGCACGCCGUACAUUCUGUUCUAUCGCCGCUCGGACGUGGAGGAAAGCUCGGCGCCCACCUUCGACAACCUACCCCCCAGUACGCAGGAGAAGAUCCUUUCACACAACAAGAAUUACGUCGAGUCCGUUCGACAGAAACACAUCAGCCGCCCAUGA